GGAUUGUCUGGCUCGACAGGGGCAUCGGGUCACCAGGUAAAUGACAGCGGGCACUGGGUCACCAGGCAUCAGGUCAUUUGGCUUGUCAGCGGGCACCGCGUCAUCUGGCAAGGCAGUGGGCACCGCGUCAUCUGGCAAGGCAGUGGGCUCCGAGUCAACAGGCAUGACAGUGAGCACCGGGGCAUCAGGCAUUGGAUCGUCUGGCUCGACAGCGGGCACAUCGGGUCACCAGGCAUCAGGUCAUUUGGCUUGCCAGCGGGCACCACGUCAUCUGGCAAGGCAUCGGGCUCUGAGUCAAUUGGCACGACAGCGGGCACUGGAUUAGGUACCGGAUCAAUCUGGAUCAACAGCGCGGCAUCGAGUCAACUGGCCUAAUAGGAUCGUCGGGCUGGAUCAGUUCAUCCUGCUGAGUACGGCAUCAGGCUGAAUGCAGGCUUCAGGCCGAGUAGAGGCAUCAGGCCGAGUAGAGGCUUCAGGGCCGAGUAGAGGCUUCAGGCCGAGUAGAGGCAU